CUUGUACACACACACACACACACAACACGACACGAAUCACGCCCACCCCACUCGGAUCCAGAGCAGGAUUCAAAAGAACAUCUACCAUCUCCCCAUCAUCGUACAAGGAAGGAAGAAGCAAGUGAGGAAAACCGCUCUCCACAGUGCUGCCCGUUUCUGCCUCCUUGUUCUGAGGCUGAGGUGGGUUCACACUCCUCCUUCUUGUCGUUGGCACCUCUAAGGUAGCGAUGACUCUACGGAGGACCCGUUCAUUGUUUCUGUUCUUGCUGCUGACCCUGCUGGGGCUGGUGCUGGUGCAGCCCUCCUAUGGCCAAGAUCGCAUGUACCAACGGUUCCUGCGGCAACACGUGGAUCCUCAGGGGACAGGUGGCAAUGAUAGCUACUGCAACUUGAUGAUGCAAAGACGGAAGAUGACUACGAACCGGUGCAAGCCCUUCAACACCUUCAUCCAUGAAAACAUCUGGAACAUUCAUAGUAUCUGCAGCACCACCAAUAUCCAGUGCAAGAAUGGCAAGAUGAACUGCCAUGAGAGUGUAGUGAAGGUCACAGACUGCAAGGAGACAGGAAGUUCCAGGGCCCCUAACUGCAGAUAUCGGGCCAUGGCCAACACUAGGCGGGUUGUCAUUGCCUGUGAUGGUAAUCCGAAGGUACCUGUGCACUUUGACAAAUAGAUGCCACCCUGCAGUGGUUAGGACACAGCAUUUGGUCUUCAGUUACUCCUUGAAUACCAAUGGGUAAUGCAUUCGCGCUGUCCCGGGCUCUGCCUCCUCUGCUUAUUUCUUAAUCUUUUUCUCUAUAUAACCCAUUCUGUUAAAUGCAUUACAUCAAAGAGAAAUGCAGACACAAUACUAUCACGAGCCUGGGCUUUUCUGUACUAAGCUUCCUAUUAUAAUACUGGCCAGCUUAGCUCUCUCAGAUCCUACACUCUAGAACUUCAUCAUUAUAUGUAUUUACAUAACAUUUCAAACAUUUCAUCUUCCACAUUUCAAACAUUUCAAAAUGCUUUCAUCUCAGUUAUCUCAUUUUAAUACCACAGCAUCCCUGUGAUGCUGGCGAUGCUGUUAUAUCUAGAAGCUAGAAGUUAACUGAUUUGCUGAAGGCCAUAAAGUUAAUGGAAGAGCUGAGACAAAAGCCCAGUUUGGCUGGCUACUCAUCCAGGACUUUUUCUGCUUCAUCACAAGGAGUAUUUUGAAAGUAUCUGCUUUUUGUCAUCACCAAAAGUCAGCUGAGAUGUUGCGCUAAGUUUUCAAAAAUUUGGAAAUAUCUACUGGCAGAAUGAGAGCUCUACCUGUAUAAUUUGGUAUCAUUGUUAUGUUUGGGUCUGAUAAGAUAAAAAAAUGAUAUAAGUAGUUUUCUAUUUCUCUUCCCAAGCUUCUGAAUCACCCUGUCGAAUCAGUGUAUUGAAAGUGUACUGGAUAAUUAACUUCCACUCUUCCUGACAGAGAGAUUUUACACGUUUUUCCUAUAAUAAAGGACUUAAACUUCAGGUAUCUGAGAAGACUGUGCUAUGGUUCUUGAGUGUGAGUUUGCUUCUUUUCUUUUCUCUCCUAUUCUCUUUUAGUUCUUCUUGAGUUUCUAAACAUGCACACAUCAUACCGCCCUCAUAAACCCUGGUCAAAAACGAAAACUUGUCAGAUCUGUGACCACAGCACCAAAACUUUUCUUUCCUUUACUCCAGAGGGAAUGAUUUCUCUGAAGACACUUCUCAAACCUCUCCAUUCCCCUGGCCUUCCUUUGAAAAACAAACCAACUGGGGAACAGAGAUGCGUGAAGACGUUAGCUCCUAGAGAAGGGAGGGGUGUGUGUGUGUGUGUG